AUGUACAGAGCAGGGGACACGGUGGAGCGCCCGCCACCGGGGACGGCACCCCCCCGCCUGAGGAGUGUGGAGGUCGCCCGAGGGAGAGCAGGCUACGGGUUCACCCUCUCCGGCCAGGCGCCCUGUGUGCUCAGCUGUGUCAUGAGAGGGAGCCCUGCCGACUUUGUGGGCCUCCGCGCCGGAGACCAGAUCCUCGCCAUCAAUGACAUCAACGUGAGGAAAGCGUCCCACGAAGACGUGGUUAAGCUCAUCGGGAAGUGCUCCGGGGUCCUGCACAUGGUGGUGGGCGAAGGCCUCGGUCACCUGGAGUCCUGCUCCAGCGACGAGGAGGUGGGCUUCUAUGACGGGAGGGGCUGGCGGAAGCCCAGACUGGACUCCAAGGCGCUAGGCAUCAACAGGGCCGAGAGAGUCGUCGAGGACAUGCAGUCGGGGGGCAUUUUCAGCAUGAUCUUCGAAAACCCCCGCCUGCACGCCAGCAGCUCAGAGCCCUCCAAGCUGAAGCAGAGGUCUCUCUCCGAGUCGGCGGCUGCGCGACUCGACCUUGGGCAGGAAGGUGUAGGCGAGCCGCAGCCCGGCCUGCUUCCCAAGGAGCUCUCCCACGCUGUCAACGAUGACUCGGUGUUCAGUCUCGGCCUGGAGAAUCAGGAAGAGUUUGGGUUAGACGCAAGUAUUUUAAACGUCGCCAUGGUCGUCGGCUAUUUGGGUUCCAUCGAACUUCCUUCCACGAGCAGCAGCCUGGAGGCCGACAGCUUCCAGGCCAUUCGCGGCUGCCUGCGGCGCCUGCGGGCCGAGCAGAAGAUCCACUCCCUGGUGACCAUGAAGAUCAUGCACGACGGCGUGCAGCUGUGCACCGACAAGGCCGCCGUGCUGGCCGAGUACCCCGCCGAGAAGCUGGCCUUCAGCGCCGUGUGCCCCGACGACCGGCGCUUCUUCGGGCUGGUGACCAUGCAGAGCGGCGGCGGCGGUGGCCUGGCGCGCGAGGGCGAGGGCGUGCUGCGGACCUCCUGCCACGUGUUCAUGGUGGACCCAGACCUGUUCAGCCACAAGGUCCACCAAGGCAUUGCCCGGCGGUUCGGGUUCGAGUGCACAGCCGACCCUGACACCAACGGCUGCCUGGAGUUCCCGGCGUCCUCCCUGCCGGUCCUGCAGUUCAUCUCGGUGCUGUACCGGGACAUGGGCGAGCUGAUCGAGGGGGUGCGCGCCCGGGCCUUCGCGGAUGGGGACGCCGACGCCCACCAGAACACCAGCACCAGCAGCAACAGCGACAGUGGCAUUGGGAACUUCAACCAGGAGGAGAGGAGCAGCCGGGUGCUUGUGGUCGACCUGGGCGCCAGCUCCAGCAGACAUGGCCCCAGCAGCAGCACUUGGGAGGGGGCGGCCGGGAGGGGAUCCCAGCCUUGGGGCACCCCCUGGAACGGGGCCUUUAACCACGACCCCGAGGCAGGGCCCCCAUUUGAAGCCGCUCCACAGGCUGACAGGGGCUGGGACUUCAGUAAGCAUUUGGGGCCCACCUCUCUCGUGGAGGCCCCCCCGGCUCCCUUGCGGAGCUCAGUCCCUCCUUCCAAGAGAGGCGCUGUGGGCCCUGGCGGUGGCUUUGGCCAGCGGUGGCUUCCGGUUCACGUCCUGCAGGAGUGGCAGUGCGGACAUGCCAGUGACCAGGAGUCUUACACGGACUCCACUGAUGGGUGGUCCAGCAUCAACUGUGGCACACUGCCCCCUCCCAUGAACAAGAUUCCCGCUGACCGCUACCGGCUGGAGGGCAGCCUGGCGCAGCCCCUGCUGAGCACCCAGAAGAGGGACUGGUCCAGGAAGGCGUUUGGGAUGCAGAACAUUUUUGGUCCCCAUCGAAACGCUAGGAAGACCAAGGAGGACAAAAAGGGCUCAAAAUUUGGGCGGGGCCUCGGUCUCGCUCAGACUUCUCAGCGCGCCUCUGCGCGGAGAUCGUUCGGAAGAUCCAAGAGAUUCAGUGUCACCCGCUCCCUUGAUGACCUCGAGUCUGCAACUGUGUCUGACGGCGAGCUGAACGGCGCUGACUUGAAGGACUGCGUGAGCAACCACAGCCUGAGCAGCAAUGCCAGCCUCCCCAGCGUGCAGAGCUGCAGGCGCCUGCGCGAGCGGAGGGUCGCCAGCUGGGCCGUGUCCUUUGAGCGUCUCCUGCAGGACCCCCUGGGUGUGCGGUACUUCUCAGACUUUCUAAGGAAGGAAUUCAGUGAAGAAAACAUUCUAUUCUGGCAGGCCUGUGAAUACUUUAGUCAUGUGCCCGCACACGACAAAAAAGAGCUCUCCUACAGGGCCCGGGAGAUUUUCAGCACGUUCCUGUGCAGCAAAGCCACCACGCCUGUCAACAUCGACAGCCAGGCCCAGCUGGCAGACGACAUCCUCAGCGCCCCGCACCCUGACAUGUUCAAGGAGCAGCAGCUCCAGAUUUUCAACCUGAUGAAGUUUGACAGCUACACGCGCUUCCUCAAGUCCCCACUGUACCAGGAGUGCAUUCUGGCCGAGGUGGAGGGCCGCUCCCUCCCCGACUCGCAGCAGGUGCCCAGCAGCCCGGCCUCCAAGCACAGCGUCAGCUCGGACCACUCCAACGUGUCCACGCCAAAGAAGCUGACGGGGAAAUCGCGAUCAGGACGGUCCCUGAACGAAGACCUGGACGAGGACAGCGAACGGAAGCGGAAGGGCGUGUUUUUCUCCUGGUCCAGGACCAGGAGCACCGGGCGGUCCCAGAAGAAGAAGGGCCAUGGGGACCACGCAAACGACGCCCCGCACGCCAACGGAGGCCUGGGCCGCCGGGAGUCGCAGGGCUCCGUGUCCUCCGCCGGGAGCCUGGACCUGUCAGAGGCCUGCAGGACGCUGGCGCCCGAGAGGGACAAGGCCGCCAAGCACUGCCGCAUCCAGCUGCCCGACGGGACGCCCUGCACGGCGCUGGUGCGGGCGGGGCUCCCCAUCAAGGAGGUCCUGGCCGGGCUCUGCGAGCGGCAUGGCAUCAAUGGGGCUGCUGUGGACCUCUUCCUGGUGGGCGGGGACAAGCCCCUGGUGCUGCAUCAGGACAGCAGCAUCUUGGCAUCCAGGGACCUGCGCCUAGAAAAGCGGACUUUAUUUCGGCUGGAUCUGGUCCCCAUUAACCGCUCCGUGGGGCUCAAGGCCAAGCCCACCAAGCCCGUCACGGAGGUGCUGCGGCCCGUGGUGGCCAAGUACGGCCUGCACCUGAGCGAGCUGGUGGCCAGGCUGAGUGGCGAGAAGGAGCCCCUGGACCUCGGCGCCCCCAUAUCGAGCCUGGAUGGACAGCGGGUCAUCUUGGAGGAGAAGGACCCCUCCAGAGGGAAAGACAAACAGAGAGGAACGCCGCCCAAACAGCCCGCCGCAGGCAGCUCCAGCUCCAGAAAUUUCUCGGCUACGGGAGAGGAGAGAACACUAGGCAAGUCUAAUUCUAUUAAAAUAAAAGGAGAAAAUGGAAAAAAUGCUAGGGAUCCCCGGCUUUCAAAGAGAGAAGAAUCUAUUGCAAAGAUUGGGAAAAAAAAAUAUCAGAAAAUUAAUUUGGACGAAGCAGAGGCGUUUUUUGAGCUUAUUUCCAAGGCUCAGAGCAACCGGGCCGACGACCAGCGCGGGCUGCUGAGGAAGGAGGACCUGGUGCUGCCCGAGUUCCUGCGCUUGCCCCCGGGCACCCCGGAGCCUGGCCCCCCGGGCCAGGAGAGGGCGCCCCGGCCCCGGGAGCCCUGGGCGCCCAGCCGAGAGCAUUCCACCAGCCCCGCCACCAGCCCCAGCUCCGCCGACAGCCCCCCCUUCUGCACCCCCACGACGCCCACAACGCCCACGCCCCACGUGCAGGAAGCGGAGGCCGGGGGCGUCCAGACCCUGGAGGGCGAGCACGUGGCCGACCUGAUGCUCACCGGGGAGGGGGACAUCAGCAGUCCCAACAGCACUUUGCUGCCGCCGCCCCCUGCCCCGCAGGACCCGGCAGGACCUUCCACUCCAGGAGGCAGGGCCCACAGCAGCCGAGGCCUCCCAGUCAACACGAUCAUCGACGUGGACUUGGUCGCUGGCUCGGCCCCUGGCCCAGGCUGCAGGGCUCCAGGGGUGUGGAUGGGCCCCCGGAGGCCACAGGCCAGCAGGCCCCCCGCACCAGACCUCCCCGCCAAGCCCAAAGCCAGCCCGCACCACGCCACCUUCGUCUGA